GAGGGGUUUAGCUGUUCUAGGGUUUUACUACUACCUAGCAGAGUAAUUACAAGCACGAAGUUCAUACAUACAUCCGCCUCGUAUCUAUCUUUAACCGGCGAUACAACAGACAUGAUAACUGGCGGCAAGAGCUACGUGUCAUCGCCGCCGGCGUUCUCUAAUGACGCCAAAAAGUUACUUAUUUGUACCGGAAGUUCCGUCUCAAUUUUCAGCACUUCAACUGCUUUACAGAUAAGUGAGCUAGAAGGUCACACUGAUCUUGUGACAUCGGUUAUAGUGGUGCCAGCUUCGAGUAAGUUGUUGAAUUAUUGCUGGACAUCUUCUCUGGAUGGCACUAUUAGGUACUGGGAUUUUUCGGUUGCCGAAUUGGUCAAAACCAUCACCAUUAGCUUACCCGUUCACUCUAUGGUGAUUCCUAGUCUAUUAUCUAAGUCGUCCGAGAAUGAUGAGAAACAACCUGAUCUUUUUGCUUACGUGUCUGUUGAUGGAAGCCAAGGAAAGGAGAAGCUGCCCAACACAUUAUGUGGACAAAUUCGGAAGUGCAACUUGACUAAAUCUCGCAUGGUUGGUGCUGUGACUUUGGCAGAGACUAAGAAACCAGAGUUCGUGACAUCUUCGCCCGCUGGGGAAUACAUUGGGAUUAAAGAUAAGAGGAAACUUCGUAUAUGGGAAGUCCCAACAAAAGAUUCAGAGAGAGUCUUUUAUAAGAAAAUAAAGUUGCAUCACACUAAAAAAAUAACUACCUUUGCUUUUCAUCCAACUGAAAGAAUUGUAGCAGCAGGUGAUGCAACAGGGAGGAUCUUGAUUUGGAGAGGUUUUGGUGACAAAACAUUAUGUGUUCGUGAUAAAUCAGCUAAUGAAGAUUUGAUGAACAUUGACGAUGGGAGAGCUGGUGUAAGGGGGGAAGACGAUGCUGAUUCUUGCACCACGUGGCAUUGGCAUUCUGCAGAAGUGAAGGUCUUAUUUUUCUCUUCUGAUGGAGCAUAUCUAUAUUCAGGUGGCAAAGAAGGAGUCCUAAUGGUUUGGCAGCUAGACACGGAGAAAAGGAAGUUUCUACCUCGUAUAGGAUCUCCACUGUUGUAUUAUACAAGUUCUCGAGAUCCCUCAAUUUCCACUAUAUCAUGUUCUGAUAAUCGUAUUCAUAUACUAAAGAUGCCUUCAAUGGAAAUUGUGAAGUCCAUUUCUGGAAUUAAGCUUCCUCGUGCAGUCCCAGAGGUGCUUGACGGUUCAUGUAACGGGCUUGCCUUUAAUCAGACUUCUGGAGUAGCUGCAAUAUGUACAGACAAUUACUGUAUUCAGUUCUACAAUUUGUUUGAUGACCGUGAAAUUGCGGAGGUUCAAGUCUGUGAAAGAAACCAUCAGCCGGUUGAUGAAGUCACGGUAACAAUUUCAGUUGUGGCUCUUUCCCCAGAUGGAUGUGUGAUGUGUACUGUUGAAAAUAGGCUGCCUGAAGAUGGAAUUGGUGGGCUAGUGAGUCUAAAGUUCUGGGUGUGUGGGUCCCAGAGCACAAACUUCAGCUUGUCCACUAUUGUAUACGAACCACACAGGAACGCAAGUAUUUCUGAAAUAGCUUUUCAUCCUACUCGUCAUAUGGCUGUCAGCUCUUCUUAUGGUGGUGAUUUUAAGGUGUGGGUGAGCAAAAAUGCAAUUGAGCAGAAGGAUCAAGCACGCCCAAUCAAUGGUUGGAAAUGUCACGCUGUUGGCUCCUACAAAAAAAAGCCCUUGACGGCAGCUGCAUUUUCUGUCGAUGGUUCUGUUCUGGCUGUUGCUGCAGAAACUGUUAUUACAAUAUGGGAUCCUGAGAACAAUGUUUUAGUGGCUGUAAUUGGAGAAAGCCUUGAGCCUAUCUCAAGAAUUGCAUUCAUUGGGAAGUCAGACUAUCUUGUAUCCGCAUCUAGAGGUUCAGAACCACAACUGUCUGUCUGGAGUCUGUCCAGGAUGUGUGUGUCAUGGUCAUAUAAGCUUCAUAUAGAAGCCAUAACUUCGACCAUGGGUGAUUCUUUUUUUGCUGUGCUUGGCCUUUUUCCUAAGACAUCCAACGAAAGCACAUUACAUGAUGUAGAUGGAGUCAUCUUGUUAUUCAAAGCAGAAGAUCCUGUUCCUGUUGCAACCUGGUUUGUGAGGAAGGCCAGGGGUGGGGGACUUGCAUUUGUUCAUUUGAAUCCCGAAUCCAUCGAAGGCAAUACUUCAGAUAGCACACCGGCCCCAGAAUUACUUGCAUAUAUAAAUAAUGAUCAUGAAUAUGUGAUUUUUAGCCCACAUGGCGAUCAAUUGGAUGAACGUGGCAUUUCUCUUCGGGAAAAUCAUGUCAUGCCUGAGGAAACUGGGCGACUUGGGUAUGAAUCUAUAUAUGGGGAGCUAGCAGAUAUUAAGCCGUUGAACAAUUUAAAUUCACCAGCCUCAGUACUACCAUCUGGUCGACCCUGGGAAACAAUUUUUAGUGGAUCUUCACAUAAUCUACCUCCCUUCACUAAGUUAUGUUCAGUCUUUCUAGAAUCAUUACUGGAAAAAAGGACGACAGAUGUUGAAUGAUGAUGCUUGAGAACACCAGAAUCUUCCUUUUUCCAUCCCAGACCUAUCUUGGCUGGAAAUUUGCCUAACCACAGUUUUGAAACCUUGUGGAUGCUUUACAUAAUAGUAGGAACUUCACCCUGAUGGGAGGCAUUUUUGCACAAGGGGACCGAUGAGGAGCAACAGAGUGCUUCUUGAAGCUGUAAGCCCGGGAGGAAAUGAAACUUUUUUCCCAACUAAAUUUUGUAUUUCCAUCUCUUAAGAGUGCUCCUGAUAUUCAAGUUGGAGAAUAUAUAGGUAGUGUAGUGAAUUGUAAUCUCAUGUUGCGGUUUAUAUUUAUGUAUGUGCCCUUUAUAACUUGAUAUGUGAAGGAGAUUGUCAGUACUCAAGAGUCACAAAAAUACAAAACUAUUCCAUACAACUCACUCUUUAUUAUCUAAGCAGUACAAUUACACUUUAUUAUUA